AGCGUCAGGGCUGAGUACUCCAGAGGGGCAGGCGGAGCACUGCGAGCACUGGAGGGAGGUAUCGCUUUGGCUUCCCGGAAGGAGUCCUGGAGAAUUUUCACGUAGUACCAAGGUUAUAGACAGACUGCCCGAAUUUGCAGUUCAAGGAGGGGGCUGAGACUAGCUUCCUUUGUGAAGCCCUGAAGGAACAAGGGCCCCCAAACUUUUGCCCUACCCAUAUCCUGCCAAGCCCCAACACUGCACCUGGCCAGCCGUCUUUCCUCUUGGACUUCUCUGCCUCUCUCAAGCUGGACGGUAAACCUCUCCCUUCCUGGAGGCGGGGCCAUCCCUCUGAGCCGGAUAAAACCCCAAAUGGAGGAGUGUGGGGUAGGCACAGCCUUGGCAUGGCCCUCUGGCUCCUCACUCUCUGUCAGCUCCAUGGCCAGCCCUGUGGAUGCAUCUCCAACAGGCCAUGCCGGUGGGCUGGGUCCACACCGGAGAAGGCGGACCACGUUCAGCAGAGGGCAGCUGCUGGAGCUGGAGCGGGUGUUCGCAGCACGGCCCUACCCUGACAUUGGCACUCGUGAGCAUCUGGCCCGGGUCACCUGCCUUCCCGAGGCCAAGAUACAGGUGUGGUUCCAGAAUCGGCGGGCCAAGAGGAUCAAGAAUAGGAAGUCAGGAGGCCUAAGCCCCAGGCCUGAACCCCCGCAUAGGCCAAAUUCUCUUCCAGAUAGCCCCCAGCAGCCCCGGGAGCCCCGAACUCUAGGCUGGCUCCCACUCCCCGGCAGCGCGUCUCGGUGCUCCUCAGGGUGUUGGCAUGCCUGCCGUCCAGCUCCAAGCCUGGGGCCAGGGCCGGGCCGGGUGAGGGUUCAAGCUGCAGUUCCACUGGGGUCAGCUGGGGCUGCAGGGGUCCCCCUUUCCUCAGAACAAGCUACUCCCCAGACCUCACUGGGCAGCCUGUCUGACCUCAUCUAUGCCUCGGCCAUUGUGACCAACACAGACCACUCCUAAUCUAGGUCCAGGACCCACAAACCCCCACCUCUAGCUCCUGUAGCCCACCUUCCCCUUAGGACUGAACACAUCAGAAGUGGAUCCCUGACCCCCUACUUUCACACAAGGGUGCUCUCUUACAGGAAGUUUAGCUCAGGAAUCCCUCCCUUCCACUGUUGUGGGCCAGCCUAGAUGGGGAUCCUAUGGAGUGACUGGGGCCUGGCUCCUGCUCCCCAGGACCCUGCACCUCCUCCUGGGACAUGUGCCCACUGUCUUGGCAGGAAGCACCCUCAGAGGGAUGAGGCACGGGGCCACGUUCUCCACCUCUCCUGCCAGACCUGGUCCCCAAUGCUUCUCACCCAAGCCAAAGACACCUCCUCCCUUUAAGAUAAUGGGCAGCUGCCCGUGACCUUCAGGUCAGCAACUAACUGCUGAGUGAGUGAGAUGAGAGUGUGCUAACCCUAAUUCUAGACUGCAAGGGACUGGCCCUUUCAAAGUUGAGGGGCUCUCCUGACCUCCUACCACCUGGACAAAUUAAAUCCAAACCAUGGAUCUGAAGAUGAAGUGAUAUUAAAGUAAUAAAGUAGAAAUAGGAGCUUGGAGCUUAUAGCGGUUUAAUUUUCAUCAAGAUCAGACUGGCUGCCCUCCGAUCUGAGGCUGUAGAGACAA